CGUAUUUGCGGGUAAUCGAACAAAUGCCCUACGAUAUUCGAAAAACAUACGUGACUAUGCACAUUUCAAAACAAAGCGGAUGUGUCUAUCAUCUUCUGUUGCGAAUUACUCAUAAAUACGGAAUGUUUGAAUUUGUUUAACCCUUAAGUACCAUGGCGGGGUCAAAUUUGACCCUCCACGUUCUGUAUGCCAAAUUUCGCUAACAAAGUAUUUAAGACGCGCUGCGCGCGUUGUGCUAAUCUUCGACUUGUAGGUCAUUUAUCGAUCACAAAAAUCCCAUCAGUUUAUCUGUUACCACUGCAGAGUCAAAAACUUAUUAAGGACCAUUUGACUCGUAGAGCUUGGCAUGUUUACCGAGAGAACUACGUCAUUUUUAAAGUUUCCGAACUUUACGACCCAGUGGAGGGGAAGGUGUAAAAUAUGGCCAUUUUAAAAAUCAAAAGAAAGAGAGCUCGUCGUGCGAUAAAUGUCGAGAAUUUAUUUGCAAAAAUCAAGCCCGCACGAAGACGUUACCUAUGCAUAAGUUAUGUUGAAUAGU